CCGUUUCUGAACGUUUCAGCCUGAAAACCACGUCAGAAGCACGUUGCAGAAGUUAGGGCCCAUCCUGAACAGCGGAUCUUGUCCUAUGUGGAAAAAAAGCUCAAAAUAAUGGUUUAAAUUAUGUAUGCUGAGUCGAGUUUGAAGUCAGGAGCUCUGAGCACAUGGAUAGUCCAUUGAUUGGCUCUGCUUUGCGCGAGGAUAAGUGUCUAAAUCCUCACCCGCCUUCUGUGUCCUGAAACUGCUCUGGUUGACUAUGAUGGAACAAAGUGUAUUGCCAAAAGAAAACACUGUCUGUUCUCCUACAGCUUAGAUGAGAAGCCUGGCCUGGCCAGCAGCCAGUGACUUGUCUGGGAGUCAUGCCGCCAGCCCCGCACCCCUCUCCGAUCGCAUCUCAGCCCAGUGGCAACCUCCAACCACAUCUAAGGGAAGGGUGGAGGGCUCUGAGACACGGAGCACCUCCAACAAGCCCAUGCAGCGCCUGGCCCGAGUGCCACGUGCAUCCCCGGCGGAUGCCGACACGGCGGUGAGCAGCCACGGGGAGAGCGGGAGAACCCAUGGGCUAGAGGGGGCAAGGACCCGGCUUGGCAUCUCUGAGCAGGAUCCGGACGAGCCCGAGCUGAGCAUGCCAGAGCCAGCGCCGCUCGGCGUGGACAAGAAAGCAGCAGAGAAGAAGCGGGUGGAGAAGGUGGGAGCCAAAGGCAGCACCACCGGGCCUCCAGUCCCCAAGAGCCUCCCCGUGCAGAGGAAGGUGGAGCCCCCCAGCCUGGACCCUGCGGAGGAGCCGCUCCUCUGGGAAGGGCUCACCCUCAACAAGUGCAUCCUGGUGGCCUCGGUCGUCGCCCUGCUCAGCGUCACCUUCCAGGUGCUCCAAGCACCAUGCUCCAGGGAAGGGGUCACCCGCGGCCAGCAGGACCCUCCGCCACCUCCCCUCCACGAGGUGGUCAGUGCCAAGGAGGAGGAGGUCCAGGAAACGGUGACUGCCCAGCCUGCCCAGCCGGAGAGCAGCGUGUUCAAGGACGAUGAUGGGGACGAUGAUGAUGAUGAUGACGGUGACGAUGACAGCGAUGCUGACAGCAACCUGGCAGAGCCCUGGAUCUUCAAGAAGUGGUUUGGCCGCUCAGCACCAGAAGACAGGGACGAAGAGCCUGUGGAUGUCCCUGAGGUGCCACCAGCUCCGACAGAGGUGAAGAAGAGCCGGGAGAAGAAGCUGGAGAAGGAGGAGAAGAAGGAAGAGAAGGAGGAAGAGAAGGAGGAGAAGGAGGAGAAGAAAGAGAAGAAGGAGGAGAAGAAGGAGGAGAAGAAGGAGAAGGCUCGGGAGGGUCGUGCCACCCAGGCGGAGCGGAGCAGCCGGAGGGAGGCACGAGCCAAGGACAGAGCACUGGGGGACAAACCCGGCAGAGCCCCCAGGGCCCCCCGGGAACAGGAGCAGCAGCCCCAGAAGAAGCGGAGCCGGGAGGGGAGGGAGAGCCGGCGGGAGAGGGACGAGCCCAGGAAGGAGGGGUGGAAGGGCCGUCCCGGCAGGGCUGACGGUGGCAGGGAGAGCCCGAAGCGGGACUGGCGGCAGCAGAAGGGCAGGAGGCCCUGGGAGCUGGCGGCCGCCCCGGGGAGGGACGGCACUGCCAGGCCCAGGGAGGGCAAGAGACGUGACUGAGGCUGGGGCGACCGAGGGGCUCCGUGACGCUGAAUCCAGGGGGGUCCAACCCCACCACUGCCCCCAGCAAGGGCACCCUGUAGCUCCCUGCCUGCUCUCCAGAGACAUCCCAGGCUGGCAGCACAGGCAGCGCUCCAGGAUCUCCGAGCAGCAGCAGGGCAGCCCAGGAGCCUGGCACGAGCCUCCCCAGGGACUUUGGGCCCCCCUGGAUUAGUUUUUCAAAGGCAACCUGAAAGGACCAGGGGGGGGAAGGACCUUCCCUUUAUCUGGGCUUCGCGCUAGUUCCCCAUCCCCACCUGAAAUCUCUCCUGCGGUUCAUUUUCACUCGUGGGCAUCGGGGCGGCACAGUGGGUACCAGGAUCCCAGUGAACAGAGUUUAUCUCCAGACUGUGUAGCUCUUCAAUUCAGUUACUGGUUUUAUUCAAAGCAAAUCAAGAGAGAAGUGUGUUCUGGGUUAACAAAGCCAGGCUGCAGCCGUCCUCGGAGGGGUGUCAGGGGAACAACCACCCCAACCCGUGCCGGGCCCCGGUGCCAUCGCUGCAGGGUGGUGCGGAGCUUGCUGGUAACCAAGCAGUGCUGGAGAGCCCAUCACCCGGGGAGCCCUUCGGGCCUUGCCUUCACAGAGUCGCUUUUAGGAAUGAAACCCAAGUGCAAUAUCACACAGCGCUGUAGCAACUACAGGAGACGUCCACAGCCCCAAGCCAUGGCAAGUUUAAGUAUUUGCUAAGUCAAUAGAGGUUAAAAUAAACUAUUUUCAUUUUUAA